ACUAAAUAAACAACGUAAAGCUAGUUUGCUCUGGAGCUUCCGAUUCUUGGCAAGCACCCUGCGCUCAGUGAGCCAGUAAUAGCAGUCCGCAGCUUGUGUUCUGAAGUCACCAAUUUCGUUACCAGUUUGUGUUUCUCACAAGCUCUUAUUUGUAUGAACUGGUAGCCCAGCCAGCUACUCAGCUGAAGCUAACUGCUAAUGCAACAGUGACUGAAAGAGAGGAACUGUUAGCAGGACAUGUUCAGAGCAAGGUGGGAUCUGAGGACACAGAAAGUUGAGGUGUAGCUGUGGAGCGAUCAGGGGUGACAAAGGGACUCGAGGGCUCAUGUCUACUCCAUAGACACACUCAUCCUACGACUCUCGCUGUGGAGAACACCUCAGCAUGGUGAAGACAGCAAAGAUGGAGCUGCUGAGAGCACUGGUCAGUGAGUGCUUGUCUGCAGCCGCCGAGGAGAUCUUCAAGAUUGUACAAAGAACCCUUUUAGACUAUGAAGAGGAAAUUUCCUGUUCAAAGUGGGUGGUGGACAGCCACCGCAGACUGCUGGAUGUUGCCAAGUCACAUAGUGAAGACUCUGUCCAGAUUUCUGCCACAGAUGUGAAGUUGCAGUCUGGUCAGCAGCAGCCAGCUGCCAGUGUGAACGUCCGUGUGUGCUGGGAGGAACCAGAACACACCAGUUCAGAGCCAACAGAAGCCUAUCCCAAGAUAAACAACGCUCAUCCUGACUCCUCUCCUGAUCAAAGGGAUGAGCAGAUACUGAUUGAUAUUGAAGAUGGUGAUGUGAAGCAGGAGUGUGACCUGAACAAGCCUUUGAAAAUCCUCCAGGUGAAGAAACCAUUCAAAUGUCCUGUUUGCUUAAGCGAUUUUUCCUCCAAAAAGACGAUGGUACGACACCUCAAAAGGCAUCCGGAAGACAAAUCAUCAUCGUACCAGUGUCAGUUCUGUGACCGCUACUUCUGCCAAAAGUCUGAAUUCAUCAUUCACACCAGGACACACAAAGGUGCCAAACCAUACAAGUGCCAAGACUGUGACCGAAGCUUUGACCAGACAGACAGUCUGCUUAUUCACAGACAAAAACACACUGAGGAGAAACCAUAUCAGUGUUUUAGUGAAAAGAUGGAUGCAGACACUCCCCUCAAAUCAAUGACACCUGCCAGUAAGAUUGAAGAAGUGCUGGAUUCCAGACAGGAUGAAUCAGGCAUUAAGACAUUUCCACUUACUAUCACUCCCUAUGAUAAAAAUGAGUUUGAUCAGGAGUCUCUGCAGCCCUUGUGUCUUUACCAAAUCCAGUCUGUUGCUGAUAUAGAUAAAGACUCUGCAUCUGCAGUUCUAGUUGAUUACAUCAAAACUGACCCAGCUGGAACUGACGGUGGAGUAUCAGACAGCACCACAGAUGAUCAACAGCUCCUUUCAGUGAACCCAUGUGAACAGUGUGAAGGUGAGACAGACCCCAAUCAUCUCAACAUAAAAAAUAUCCUGCCAAGAAGACCUUCAGGGAAGUCUGCGGACCUCAUUGUUCAGUUUGAAGCAGGAACGUCACAGAAACCCUACAAGUGUCCUUGUUGCACAAAAUCUUUCUCCUUGACUAAGACUUUAAUAAGACACUUAAAGAUCCACACAGAGGACAAACCGUAUCAGUGCCAGUUUUGUGGAAGAAACUUCUGUCAGAAGUCAGACCUGAUCAAUCAUACAAGGAUACACACAGGAGAGAGACCUUAUCGGUGCCAAGAGUGUCACAAAUCCUUUGCACAGAAAGGCAACCUGGUGGUUCACAUGAGGAAACAUUCAGUAGAGAAACCGUAUCAUUGCCAAGAGUGCAGCUGUAGCUUUGAUCAGAAAUCAUCUUUAAACUGUCACAUGCAAAGCCACAUGUAGAUUGCAGCUUUGUCUGAAGACUGUUUAACACAUUUGAGUACUUGUUUGGUUGUGAGUGAAAUGUAUCUGUAGCAAGUGAAGUGCUGAAAGCUUGAGUUGUUUGUCUGGUCAGACAGAUCUCUUUGAUCAUAGGGUUGGGAUUUAAAAUCCAUUUUAUCAAACAAUGUCACCAUAAGGUUCAUUUGUAGCUCUUCUGAAACUUUUUAUUGUAUCACACAAUAUUCUCAAGUAGCGUUCAGACAGAGUGUGUUUUUUGCAGUGAGAGGUGUCUUUUUCCAGUUUUCUAUAAGCAUUUUGUGCACUGUGUAGUGUGUAGCGUUUUUAGACGCUUGGAACUCUCGAUGUCAUGGGCGUAUUUCCCCAUUGUCCAAUUGCAUGACACUAGUGGAGAACAAACUACAGGUAGUUGUUAGAUAAACAGUAGGCUGGGCCUAUAGCAAAAAUAAAUGCUCAGCCACUCUGCUGGACCAACAGACUUAUUUUAGUUGUUGGUCAUUUUUGUGAUGCUAGGUCCGACUAUUGAUCGCAGAUUGUCAAACAGCCCCCCGACUCAUCCUAAAAUAACUCUGGGAAUCCACUGACUCUGGCUACGGCACUUUAGGGGUUUGAUGUGUCCAUAGCCCGGUGUCAAAGUCCACUGGAAGCGUCUCAGCAGCGGAGUGUGCAGCCUGCUUCACGUUUUUGAUUUGUCAUUUUUGUGCUUCUACUACCUUCUUCACAGCUCUAUGUGACCCUGUUUCAUUCCGUCAACUUCAGGCUGCAUUUCCCACAGGGAGCAUUUCAGAAUCAGAGCGUUUUGUCUGCCUGAUUUUGCUGACAUGUUUAGAUUUUGUUAAUUUGGUAAUCAGUGUUUGAAUUUUGUGCUUCUACUGUGAUUAUGUAGGCUACGUAGUUAAAUGAUUUCUUUUUGUGUCCGUUUUAACCGCAGGGUUUAAAGUUCUCCGGCACUGUGCUGGAAUUCCGGCGCAAUGCGUUUUUGUAUUGGAUAAUAUAUAAAUAUUCUUGCAUAUUUUUUAACUGUGGCGUGUGUGUGUGUGUCCGCUAGUCUUCCUCUGCACAAUUGGUGGCUCGGUAUCGGUGUAUACACGAAAGAAAGGGGACUGGCACUUCCUGCUACUUACCAGCAGGGUAAUCUGAGUCUCUAUGUCCCCGUCAGGUUUCAACACAAAGUUACGCUCUUGCCCCCUACCCUCCAUCUUCAUCAUAAACCCCGAACACAUUUCAGGCACGGAAAAAUUUCUUGCUUUAAUGUAACCGUGUUUAUUGUUUUUUUUUAGUUCGGGAGUCUCCACAGGGUAUUUUAUUUUGAAAAUUGACCGGAUUCUCUCUGCCGUUCUGUGUCUAACUUCCUGCUUGGUAUGAACUGCUAUGUGCUGCUUGACGUGGCUUGCGGCAGAAAUAGACGUGCUACCUAUUCUAUGAGGAGCGUAGUGGAGAGCCGCUUCUGGAACGCUUCUGGGAUGUGCUGCGGCCACAUCUGGUGGACUUACGAGCAUUGACUAUAAUGGCCCCGGAAACCGCGGCACAGCCGUAAUGCGCCGUAGCCGAAGUCAGUGGAUUUUAGGGUUAAGCGUUGAACUGAUCAUCCAGAUGAAGCUCCUGGGCCAGCUGUGGUAAUCUUGAUGAAUUCAGCUGUGAUUUCUCCUCUUUCUGAGGGUCCCAUCAAAUCACACCCACAGCAAGUGCCCCCUGCAUAUAUUAAUUUAAAUAUAUAUAAUAAAAGCUGUAAAGUAAGAAAGACUAUGUUGAGACUGGGGCUCUGUCAGGGCCAUACCAUCACUUCCAGGACUCCUUGUUAUUCUUUACGCUGAAGAUAGUUCUUAAUGAUUUUUGCUGUAUGUUUGGGGUUGUUUUCAUGCUACAGAAUUCAUUUGGGGCCAAUCAGAUGCCUCCCUAACGGUAUAGUAUUAGUAAUUAUAGUAAUUAUAAUUAUCUGCCUGUACUUCAAAGCAUUGAGGAAACCAUUAAUUCUGCUGAAAUCCCCAACUCCGUUUGCAGAAAUGCAGCCCCAAACUUGAAAGGAACCUCCACCAUGCUUCACUGUUGCCUUCAGACACUCAUUCCUGUGCUGCUCUCCAGCCCUCCGGCAAACAACCUGCCUUCUGCUGCAGCCAAAUAUUUAAAAUUUUGACUCAUCAGUUCAGAGCACCUGCUGCCAUUUUUCUGCACCCCAGUUCCGGCAUUUCCGUGCUUAGAUGAGCCUUGUUUCCAUGUCGAAGGCUUUUUGGUCGCAAGUCUUCCAUGAAGGCCACUUCUGACCAGACUUCUCUAGAUAGUAGACUGUCUUCAGCAACCUCACGUUGUUAGCUGAGUUUGCUGUUCCUCACCCAGUUGUAUUUAGGGGUGGGAGAAAAAAUUGAUUUCGCACAAUGUGCGAGCGCGGUAACACUCAACGCUUGGCAGCGCCCCGUGUAUCCUGUGUGUGUGAUGCCGAGCGAAUGAGAGAAAGAGAGCGGCAGAACAUAACGGUGAAUGUUAGCGGAUGUUAGUAUUCCACAGAUUAUUUCAUCGAUUCAUUGUUUGAGAAGUAAUUUUGCUUGGCGACGUUAGCUAAAUUAGUAACAAAGUAAUAUGAAUUAGCUCAGCUGCAUGUCAGAACUAACUUAUCUACUUGUUAAGGGUUGAGAAUAUCAGGUACAAGCUUAGACUAAACUGGUGUACAGCUCUGUCCUGUACAGACACUGUACAUCCUGAUAAUUUCAGUUUUCAAAUCCUAAAAAACUAUGCAUCGAGAAUCAUUUUAUAAUAGCAUCGCAGCCCUCUGAAUCGUAAUCUAAUCGUGAGGUGCCAAGAAAUUCCCACCUGUAGUUGUAUUCCUCCUACACAGUUGUUUCUGUUUCAGUUAAUGAUUGUGUUUCAACCUAAAAUUUGUGAUAUGAUUUAGAUUUUCUUCUGUUCACUCACUUUGCAUAUUGUUGAUUGAUAAAUAUAAUCUGUUAACAUCUAUUUUUGAAAGCAUUCUUACUUUACAGCAUUUAAUUUUUUUUAUAAAAAGGUACAUCUCCGUUAAUUUACUACACAGCAAAAUAAUGGUUGGGCUAAUGAUGAUUUGGUGGUUCCCCGGUAAUUAAAAAAAAGUGUUUCUCAACCUGCAAAACGCGCUCUGUCUGAUCAGACCCUUAAACAGGUGGAGUCUAUCCAGCAUCAAAUACAUGUAGAUUUUCUCUGUAUCUUAUCGGCACUGUAUUUGUAACCAAAGCCAGCUCUACUUGUCAUUGUGGUAUUACAUGUAAAGGAUGAUUCACAAGGUACCACUGUCACUGUCUACAUUCUGUCCUUAAUACCAUGUCACAAUUUUUUGGUGGACACAGUGCAUUGAGCAAGGCACACUCUUGUUCCUUAAAGCUAUUAAAUUCUGUCUACGUUUUGUAA